AUGGCUUCCAUCGGUACUGGCAUGCUGUUGCCCAUGGGCAAUUUCCUGACCUUGAACUUUUUCGCGCAGAGAUACACAGACCUGCUCCCUGGAAGCGAGGGCACCAUGUCACCAUAUUGUCAGAUGGCUUUGGUGGACGGCAAUAGGAAAGCCCUCUUUGUGGUCUUUUGCCUCUCGAAUGUGGCCUUGGUCUUCGCUGACCUCUUCAUUUUCUUCAAUGUCAGCUUCUGGUUUGUCAUCGCCUGGCAGCCCUUCAUGAACACGCAAGUCUGUACGACGGUUCUGAAUGCCGCCUGUGUAGACCUUCUGAGACCUCAAGACCGUGCGGCAGGAAUGGGAAUCAUCAGUGCGUUGGACACCAUUGCCUAUGUCAUCGGCCUUUUGUUGGGCUAUCACUUGGAAAUGAAGCAAACUUACAUUGUUGCGACAUUUGCCACGUUGAUCACCGGAUUUGUCUUGGUCGUUUUCUUCCCUGAGACGUUGCCACCUGAGAAACGAUCCUUCCAGUUGAGCGCACGGAACUUCGUGCCCUGGGACUCCAUGCCCAUUCUGUGGAGGACCAAAACUUUGAGAAACUUGUCCAUAGUGACAGCAAUCGCUGCAUUCAUGGAUAGCAGCACCAACCGCAUGAUGGGCACCUAUUAUCAACGGCGGAUGAAUUGGUCGGCACACGAUGCCUACAUUUUCGAAUUCUUUUGGGAUAUGAGCAUGAUCCUUUGGAUGACCCUCUUCUUCUCUUGGAUCAUUUGGUUUGUCGGCGAAGUGGGCGCAAUGGCCUUCGGGAGGUUAAUGAGCACCGUUUACACCCUCAUUGCUGUGGGCCUUGUGCGACCAUCACAAGCCUUCGUGAACUGUGCGAUAUGCGCUGGGCCUAUGACGUUCGCAUUACCUGCAGUCGCCGGAUUGAAGAGCCGCCUCGUGGGUGAGGAAGAGCAGGGACGGAUGCAGGCCGCGAUUAGCACUGUUUUCACUGUUUCAGGGAGCAUUGGUUCCUUGCUGGGUGGCUUUAUGUUCGAAAAGCUCGGGAAUGUCGAUGAGAAUGGGCAAUUCUCGAGGAUUUUUGAACUCGGGCAAGCCAUGGUAGUCGUGAAUUUGGUUGGCGCCUUUCUUUCUGCAUUUCUCUUUUACGAGCCUGGCCGAAUUCAAUUUCAACAUGUACUUUUGUUGCAUUGUCAAAUUCGGAGAAAGUGA